UAUAAAUGCACUACAUAGACAGACUACUGUGCUUUGAUAAAUUACGAUGAAUAACGUUCUAAAAAAAAGGACAUGCUUGAACUUCCUUCUGUCACAAUGCAUUGCUGCAUUAUGACGUCAUACAUGUUCUCGAAUCACCCGUUCAGGAGAUGAGGUGGUGGAAACUCAGCGAAGUGUGGUGUUUACUGGACGAUAACAGAAUCCCAAACGUCUGAAAUUGAAACAAAAUCCCCAUUAACUUGGUGUAAAUGGGGAAAGGAAUUCUAAAAGGCAUCAUUGCUGAUGCUGCAGUGGAGAAAUACUUUGCUGCCCUGAAAGCAAGCACAUCUUACAUCCUUGGACUUUUAGUUGGACAGGGGGAGUUUGUGGUGCAUGCAGCGAUGACCCCACUAAAGGAGGACAAUCCUGAUGGCCUGAUGAAUGAGGAUGACAAAGACUACAUCCUAGAUCACGCAGAACAUCUGAACCGCAUGGUGCCUGGAGGACUGUCUGUGAUGGGCAUGUUUGUGGUCUCCCCGUCCCACCAGACCAAAGAGAGCCAUAUGAAAAUGAGGCGGACUAUGGCUGCUGUGGAGAGUCGUGUAUCCGAGGACAGGCUUUGGGGUUUCUCAGAGGAGGACACCAAUGACAGAGUGAUGCUUCAUAUCUGCUCCAACACCAACAAAGUGACUUGCUGGAUUAUGAACAUUAAAGAACCUAGUAAAUCUUCUAAAUCUGCGACAUGGAGUUACCUGCAGUGGAUGACAGCGUUCUGGCCUGUUGCAGUCUGCCCCAUGGACAUCGACCUGAUGUUCCCUAUCAAGGACAAGACCCGCCACGGUCUGAUGCAGGCCAUGAAGGAUGGGAUGAUGAGGUGGGCAAAGAAGACUGAGGCCAGUGUUUGUCUCCUCAACAACAAACAUCUACCAGCUAAGACAGAUUUGAACCCCCCAACUAAGAGGAACAAUUCACAAAGGAUAAAGAUUCAAGGUCAGAUCUUCAUCCCAACGGCAGGGGGCAAGCUGGGGGAGAGGCCGUCCACUGCAUCAGUGCAGGUAUGCAGCUGUAUCCUGAGACUGAAGGGGAGUCUGGGGUGCAGAGCGUACAUGAACCCUGCAAGGACCACUGCCAAGACCACCACCAUGUACAUCAAGAGGGACAUCAUCAGGAGUGUCUACAACAGUGCCAAAAACUUCUUUGAACAUCUGAUAAAUGAUGAAAACUCAGCGAAGGCAUUCAUGGUCUCCCAGCCCUUGGCUAAGCGGGUGUUCUUCCUGGUUCCCGACACUGGCAUCUCUCUGUGUGACUACAUACUCUCCUCUGAGACAGAGGCAGCUGUCCAGGAGAGGAUAAGGGAGUGGGCAGGCUUCACCAUCCCUGAUGGGCAGCUCCAUAUCACCCAGCAGUUGGUACAGGGCAGGUUGGAGUGGCACCAAGAUUCAGAGGAAGGCAUGGACAGCACCUGGGUCCCGGUGUACAAGAUCCAGCAGAGGCGCAAAAUCACCAUGGGUGUGGCAGUGGCUUCAGGAGUCUCCCUGGUGGCCUGUCUCAUCUAUAGUCUCUUCCUAGAAGAGUGACGAUGUGUCCCACGGAGUCAAGCGGUUCAAUCCCAGGAUCUGGCAUGCAAAGGGCAUCAGAACAUCCCUGGGAUUCCCAUUAAUUAAAGGGGCCUGUGCAAUGACAUGGAAGUUAAGAUGUGUUUUUUUCCAUUUCUAUUAACACAUUCCAGUAACAGAUGACAGUGUGUCUAGGAAUACACUUCCUGGGUUUAUUGUUAGAGGGGCCCAUUCAUAUUUGCGGCGUGAGACAGCAAAGUCACGUGGAAGGAGCAAUUUAUUUUCACGUGAGAUCAGAGCCACCAGCUGCUAUAGUUUUACACUCUAACGGGAGCGUCAUGCCCCAGACCGGGUCCUCAGCCCUGUGUCAUGCCUCAUGAUGUGACGUCAUCUUAGUGGGGUUUUGUGUGGGUCAACUAGAGUGUUGCAGCUGGUGCCAUGAAUCAAAGCUCACAGCGCCAACUGAGAAACAACCUACCCAAUAAACAGAAAGAGAGGGAUGGGGGCGCUUAUUAUAACUACUGUAGGUAAAUAUUUGUGCUAACUAAUCUCAUUCUCGGAAGUCUCGGGUAAUCAACAGUGCCUCUUCAAACUCAGGAGGCUGAAGAAAUUUGGCUUGUUAACUAAAACUCUCACAAACCUUUACAGAUGCACAAUUGAGAGCAUCCUGUUGGGCUAUAUCACUGCCUGGUACGACAAUUGCACCGCCCACAAACGCAGGGCUCUUCUGAGGGUGGUGCGGUUUGCACAACGCAUCACCGGGGGCAAACUACCUGCCCUCCAGGACACCUGCAGCACCCAAUGUCACAGGAAGGCCAAAAAGAUCAUCAAGGAGAACAACCACGCUAUCAUCCAGAAGGCGAGGUCUGUACAGGUACGUCAAAGCUGGGACCGAGAGACUGAAAAACAGCUUCUAUCUCAAGGCCAUCAGACUGUUAAACAGCCAUCACCAUCACAGACAGGCUGCUGCCUACAGUACAUACAGACUUGAAAUCAUUGGUCACUUUCGUAAAUGGAACACUAGUCACUUUAAUAAUGUUUACAUAUCUUGCAUUACUCAUCUCCUAUGUAUAUACUGUAUAGCCUAUGCGCUCUGACGUUACUCAUCCAUAUAUUUAUAUAUUCUUAUUCCAUUCAUUUACUUAGAUUUGCGUGUAUUAGGUAUAUGCUGUGGAAUGGUUAGAUAUUACUUGUUAGAUAUUGCUGCACUGUCAGAACUAGAAGCACAAGCAUUUCAUUAUACUCACAAUAACAUCUGCUAACCAUGUGUAUGUGACCAAUACAUUUGAUUUGAUCUAUAAUGGGAAUUCAUGCAUUGCCCACUGUCUAAACAAAAAUGUAGCAAUUGGUAUAGCGCUACUGUGUUGACUUUAUGGACGUUAUAGAUCUUAUUUUGUUUGUGGCUAAUAUCUGUCUUAGCCCUUCCUUGAGGCACUUGAUGUUUUCUCUCAACACUGCUACAGGCCACAGGCUUACACUGCACUCCUGAACCCUGACAUCAACAACAACCACCUCAGAUACACAACACUUACUGUAGGCUAUUAUACAGUAUAUAUGACUUGCAGCUACAGUAAAAUUCUGUCUGUGGCCACAUCACAUACCGAAACUCUGUGGUUACUGUGAGCAUGGGGCAAGUGGUGACAGGCCUGUCCAGACUCCAGACAGACACAGAGAGGAUAUUUUUGCUACUAGUCCCAGCCGCCACCCAUGCGAUGCAACGGUCGCCGCAGUGAGCAGAAGAUGUUGUCAGUCUGGUGGGACUGUGUUGUUACAUGCUUAAGGAACCACGGGCAGGAGAAGCACCAGGUUGCAUGAAAGGAAAGCUCCAGGGGGAGGUUUCAGUGAGGCGUGAUAGGGGUUAGACACACCACUGGUUGUGGAGACGUGAAAGACAGUCUCCCUUAAAGGUUACCCUGGUUACCCUGGGCCAUGUGUAGUCUGUAACAGGAUCACUUGUAUUUUAAACCUAAGAGGAAAUAUGACAGUGUGUCACAGUUCACAGUAUUCUGCUGUUGGCCUGACGAACACUCACUCGCUGGCCGGUGCCUGAUGAACGCUCACUCACUGGAGGGUGCCUGACGAACACUCACUCACUGGCCUGUGCCCGACGAACACUCACACGCUCGCCAGUGCCUGACGAACACUCACUCACUGGCCGGUGUCUGACGAACACUCACUCACUGGCCGGUGCCUGGGAUGUAUGUAAUAAGACUAAAGAUUUCCUGGGGUAACAAUGUAAGAAAUAAUACAUGAAAAAACAAAAUAGUGCAUAGUUUCCUAAGAACGCGAAGCGAGGCGGCCAUCUCUGUCAGUGCCAUUUUCAGAGUUUCAGAGUUAUUGUUCCCAGCACAAGGUGCACCUGUGUAAUGAUCAUGCUAUUUAAUCAGCUUCUUGAUAUGUCACACCUGUCAGGUGGAUGGAUUGUCUUGGCAAAGGACAAAUGCUCACUAACAGGGAUAUAAACACAUUUGUUCACAGAAUAUGAGAGAAAUAAGCUUUUUGUUACAUAUGGAACAUUUCCGGGAUCUACUAUUUCAGCUCAUGAAACAUGGGACCAACAUUUUAAAUGUUGUGUUUAUAUUUGUGUUCAGUGUAUUUGCAAUUUCAUGUUUGUAAGGAAAUACUCUUGAUUUGGACCCGUCUCUCUAAAUGUAUUUUUUUAUUGGAUCAUCAUUGUCCAAUCAUCAUUGUCUCCAGUACCUGUAGCUCACCUUUAGCAGCAGCGCCCAGAGAGAGAGAGAGGAGAAGCCAGGCCAAACAGCCACAGAGGCUUGUGACUUCAUCCUAUAAGACGAUUAGAACGCCUGAUCAGCUAGAAGAGAACACUGUGAUCACACGGACCCUCUCAUCAUAACAUAACAUUGUGGAUUAUAUUCUGGAAUGUGGAAUGUCUGGCAUUGUUCUGACUGUAUGUUUCGUCACCAUGCUGUGACACACAGGAGGCUGGUGGCACCUUAAUUGGGGGGGACAGGCUUGUGCUAAUGACUUGAGCGGUAUCAGUGGAACGGUAUCAAAUACAUCAAACACAUGGUUUCCAUGGUUUCCAGGUGUUUGAUACCAUUAUUAUGAGCCGUUCUCGUGUGAGUUACAUCAAAAGAUCAAGGUCAGGUUUUUGAUUGUUGAUUUUACAUGACAGAUGUGACAGAUUUUCUGCAUUCUUGGGAUAUGUUUUCCUAACACAGUGGGUUCAGACUGUUAAAACUAAGGAUAGGCCUACAUGAAUAAGAAUAAAUGCUACAGUAUUGGCUCCUCAACAGAAAAGGGUGCACCAUGCAAACCUGUUGAACAUCUGGGUCCCUGGUUGGAAUGUGGAGACUGCUGCCAACCUCAAAUAAAGGGCCAAUGAGC